AGAGAUGGAGAGUGGGGAGCCUAAUCCUGCUGGCAAGAAAAAGAAGUACCUCAAGGCUGCACUGUACGUGGGUGACUUGGACCCAGAUGUCACCGAGGACAUGCUAUAUAAAAAGUUCAGGCCUGCUGGCCCUCUGCGUUUCACACGGAUCUGCCGUGACCCAGUGACCCACAGUCCACUGGGCUAUGGUUAUGUUAACUUCCGCUUUCCUGCAGAUGCAGAGUGGGCGCUCAACACCAUGAAUUUUGAUUUAAUUAAUGGCAAACCAUUCCGCCUCAUGUGGUCUCAGCCAGAUGACCGGUUAAGAAAGUCUGGAGUGGGAAACAUCUUCAUCAAAAACCUUGACAAAUCCAUAGACAAUAGAGCCCUUUUUUAUUUAUUUUCUGCUUUUGGAAACAUUCUCUCGUGCAAAGUAGUAUGCGAUGACAAUGGCUCUAAAGGCUAUGCAUAUGUACACUUCGAUAGCCUCGCCGCUGCCAACAGGGCGAUAUGGCACAUGAAUGGAGUGCGGCUCAACAACCGUCAAGUGUAUGUUGGCAGAUUCAAAUUUCCUGAAGAAAGGGCAGCUGAAGUCAGAACCCGAGAUAGAGCAACUUUCACCAAUGUGUUCGUUAAAAACUUUGGGGAUGACAUGAAUGACGAAAAAUUAAAGGAAAUUUUCAAUGAAUUUGGGCCAACUGAGAGUGUUAAAGUGAUAAGAGAUGUCAGCGGGAAAUCGAAAGGCUUUGGGUUUGUGAGAUAUGAAACACAUGCGGCUGCCCAAAAGGCAGUGCUAGAUCUGCAUGGAAAGUCCGUUGAUGGGAAAGUGCUAUAUGUAGGACGAGCACAAAAGAAAAUUGAACGUCUGGCUGAAUUAAGGCGGAGAUUUGAACGACUGAGAUUAAAAGAAAAAAGUCGGCCUCCCGGGGUCCCUAUCUAUAUUAAGAACCUAGAUGAGACCAUCGAUGAUGAAAAACUGAAGGAAGAAUUUUCUUCCUUUGGAUCAAUUAGCAGGGCCAAGGUGAUGAUGGAAGUGGGGCAAGCCAAAGGGUUUGGUGUGGUCUGCUUCUCCUCUUUUGAAGAGGCCACCAAAGCAGUAGAUGAGAUGAAUGGACGCAUAGUGGGCUCCAAAGCCCUGCAUGUCACCCUGGGCCAGGCUAGGCGAAGGUGGUGAAAACGAAAACCAUGUUGCUCAAUUUAUUUCAGCCUUGAGCUGAUGCCUACUUAGUUUGGGCUACUUUGUGAUAUGAGGUUAUUUUAUGGGAAUUCACGUUUUUUUAAGUGAAAACGGUCUUUUGGAGGAAAAAAAGUGAAAACUCAGCAAACCCUGUUCAUUCUAGUGAAGAAUAUAGUUUCUAAUAGUAGAAUUGUCAUUUUGUACUAUUUUUUAAUAUAAUAUCUUUAGGAAUAUGUAGAAUAAAGUUUAUUCAUCAAUAUUUUCCCCCUGAAUCAGCCAAGGUGAGGUAAUUGAUUGAGUAUAUGUAUUUGCUUCAUUAUUUCAAU